AAUCAACAAGUGGUUUGUAACAUCUUUGAAAUUAAUUCUUAAUCAAUUAACAGACAUUAAUUAAUAAACCGGCAUAAAUUAAUACUUAAUUGAUUAAUUAACGGGCAUACAGUGUGUUUUAUAUUCCAUUACAAUAAUGUCUGAAGAAACGACUUGCUUUAUGCACGUGCAGGAAAUUAAAACAGAACCACCAGAAUAUUUAGAAGAAAACAUUAAACGUGAAAUUGAGGAAGAGUCUGGUAGUCUUGAUGGCGUUAUUAAAUCUGAACUGUCACCAGAAUAUUCAGUAAAUGAUAUUAAACUUGAAAUUGAGGAUCAAUUUGAUAGUCUUGAUGGUAUUGUUAAGUCUGAAUCGUGUUCUGGGGAUGAUGACGACACGUGUCUGGAAAGAUUCAUGAAGACCGAGGUAGAAAUUGAACAAGAAAUAAAACAAGAGCUAAUUCAGAUGCCCUCUUAUAAAUGCUACAUUUGUAAUACAUCGUUUAAAAGUUUAUACUAUUUAAAUAAGCAUACAACACUUCAUAGUCUUAAAUGUACAUAUUGCCCACAGACUUUUCGGCAUUCAGGUCAUUUACAAAGGCACAUCAGAAAUCAUAUUGAUGAAAAAUCUUCAGCAUUCUCUACAAAACAAAAGUUACAAUGGCACGUUAGUUGCCAUAACGGUACAGACCAAUUCCAAUGUGAUAUUUGCGGUAAGACAUACAAGAUAAUAGCCCAUAUGAAAAGACAUAUGUUCACUCAUGAAGAAGAACCUUGUAAAUGUAAAAUAUGUGGUAAGGUCUUAAGUCAACCACGUAAUUUGAAAGCACAUAUGUAUAUUCAUAACGGAGAAAGUCCUUAUGAAUGUAAAUUAUGCAAAAAGACUUUUACACUGCCAGAUAGUUUGACAAGACACAUGAUUAUUCACACUGGAGAACAAUCUCAUCAAUCAUAUAAAUGUGAAAUAUGCAAUAAAACAUAUUCUCAUCCAAGUAGCUUAGCAAAACACAAGCUUAAUCAUACCGGGAAACGCCCCCAUGAAUGUCUAAUAUGCAAUAAGACAUUCACACGGAGAGAUUGUUUGAAUAAUCACCUGCUCAUUCAUUCCGGGGAACGACCUCAUGAAUGUAAGAUAUGUAAGAGGACAUUUGCACGAAGGGAUUGUCUGAAAUUGCACGAAGCCACUCACAUCAGAAAGUAA